GAGGCUCGUCCGACAACGUACACGUUAAAAUUAAAUCUAGCCAGAGAAAAAGAGAAAGAGAGAGAGAGAGAGAGAGAGAGAGAGAGAGAGAGAGAGAGAGAGAAAGAGGCCAACGGCUACGUUUCUUGCAGACGACGACGAAAACGACGAAAACGAAGACGAAGACGAAGACGACGAAGACGAAGACGAAGACGAAGACGACGACGACGACGACGACGAAGACGAAGACGACGACGACGACGACGACGACGACGACGGACGUCGCGACGAGACGAGACGAAACGCACGUCCUUUAGUUCAGUCUUAAGAGUAUAUCCCGGUUGCACGGGUGCUCUAAUUAGAUAUAUUUCCUUUGAUUCUUUUUCAAGAUUCAUCCGUUUUCUUUAUUUUUCUUUUGUUUUUCUUUCUUUCUUUUUAAUCCCAUAAUUUUUACCAAUUUUUCUUUUUUCCCUUGUAAAAAAGUAAUUUCACAACACGUAUGUAAGUUAUAAUAUAAACUUCGAGUGGGGUAAUUAACGCGUAACGAAUUUCCUUGUGUAUUAAUUAUCGACGAAGAAGGAAGGUGUUGCGGUUUCGUUGUGUAGUGUAAGUAAAGAAGAAGAGGACAUAUAAAACCUCCCUAUACGUGUAAGAACUUUCGACCGCAGAUAUCAGAUGGAUCGAGACGACGAAGAUUUUGGUGAGGGAUACAUCGCAGAAUCGCAUCCACUCAGGCCUACUCAUCUCUCAGUACCUUUAGGUGGUAGGGGUGAUUCCAGAGCACCCAGUAUCAGUAGCAGUGUCAGUGAUUUGGAUGCUCCAAUCUAUACCAGAGAAACUACCGUACCGAUUUCUGCUAAAGGGGGUCUCAAUAGCCGAUUAAUUUUUGCGAUCACAGCUGCUGUACUGGGAUCAUCGUUUCAACAUGGAUACAAUACUGGUGUGGUUAAUGCUCCUCAAGAGCUUAUUGAAAACUGGAUUAGCGAAGUAAAAAUGAAUAGGACUGGAGUGGUGACGAAUCAAUCCGAAGUAACGGUGAUCUGGUCGAUAGCAGUAUCGAUAUUUUGCGUUGGUGGUAUGAUAGGUGGUUCAUUGGUGGGUACGAUCGCUGAUCGCUUUGGUAGAAAAGGAGGUUUGAUGUUGAAUAACAUACUCGUCCUAUUAACUGUACUACUCGAGGGAUUCACCAAAAUAGCGAGAAGUUACGAGAUGUUAAUAAUUGGACGUUUAUUGAUCGGUAUCAACUCAGGAUUAAACGCAGGAUUGGCGCCUAUGUAUCUGUCUGAAAUAUCACCUAUUAAUUUAAGAGGUGCAGUAGGAACGGUUUAUCAGCUUGUCAUUACAAUUUCAAUCCUGGUGGCACAAAUUCUUGGAUUAGAAAAAGUAAUGGGAACAGAAAAUCAAUGGCCUCUUUUGCUUUGUUUAACCGUGAUACCAGCGUUGUUCCAAGUUAUUACUCUACCAUUUUGUCCUGAAACACCAAAAUAUUUGUUGAUUAAUAGAGGAAAAGAUAUGGAGGCACAGAGAGCUUUAACCUGGUUACGUGAUACCGUCGAAGUUCAUGACGAGAUGGAAGAGAUGCGGGCGGAAUACGAAUCGAUGAAACUCAUAUCAAGGGUUACGCUGAAGGAACUCUUCGUUAAUUCCGCUCUUAGGAUUCCGCUGAUGAUAGCCGUCAUGGUUAUGCUCGCACAACAACUUUCUGGCAUCAAUGCCGUUAUGUUUUUCUCAACGAAGAUCUUCAGAUCGGCACAACUCGACAAGCCUGCUGCUCAGAAUGCUACGUUAGGAGUUGGUGCGAUGAAUGUUCUCAUGACGUUGAUAUCAUUGAUUUUGGUUGAAAAAGCAGGAAGGAAAACAUUACUUCUGAUUGGCUUCACCGGCAUGUUCGUGGACACGGUUCUAUUAACCAUUUGUCUUGCAUUUUCUGAGACAUCACGUGUAGCUGCUUACUUCUCCAUAAUCUGGGUCAUUCUAUUUGUAGUAUUGUUCGCAACAGGUCCCGGAAGCAUUCCUUGGUUUUUGGUGUCUGAAUUAUUUAAUCAGUCGGCACGACCCGCUGCUACCUCAGUAGCCAUUGCUGUUAAUUGGACAGCUAACUUUGUUGUCAGUAUUGGAUUUCUUCCUCUCCAAGAAGCACUUGGUGCUUAUGUGUUUAUAAUUUUUGCCGCGUUACAAGGAUUCUUUACCUUCUUUAUUUAUAAGAAAGUACCAGAAACGAAGAAUAAAACAAUAGAGGAAAUUACUAGUAUGUUUAGGCAAAUAUCCUAUCAGUAAGAGAAUAAUACGCAUUAGAGAUUCAUCAGUAAAAAAAUUUUAUGUGCCGAUGUGUGGUUCUUACGGGAGAACAUCCAUCUGAUAGAUUAGUAAUAUUGCGUUAAUUAUUUACAUCAUUUUCAUAUUUUCAUUCGAUUUUCCAUUUCGUAUUAUUACAUCAACAAGUUUAUAUAUGAUGAACAAACAUGACAAAAAAAAAAGAUGUUCAUUAAAAAUUGUAUAUACCACUUGAUACACGACAGUUAACAAAAUUAUAUCAUUAUAUAUCGUUUCAUAAAAAAUAACUUCUUUUAAAUGUAUAAUUUUAUUGACAAUAUUCAUUUUAUACGUGUCACAUAUAAAAGCGCAUCAAUUAAUAUAUCGUUAGAUCGCGCACAUUUUUAUAAGAUACUAUUCUUUUUCUUUUAUGAUUAUAAAAUUUUUAAUGAAACUUUAAUUUAGUUCCUAUUAUCCCAGUGAUUGUGUCAGUAGAAAAAAAGAUUAUCAAUAUUGUAUAGGAGACUCGUAAAUAGAAAUCUGUUUUUACAAGAAGAUACCCAAAUGAAAUAUGCAAAUGAAUUUUUGUGCCUGCAAAGAAUUAUAAUUCUAGUCAUGAGAAGACGUUUGUUUAAUAUUAAAUAAAAAUAGCCAAAGGGGUCUUCUUUGAAGGAGAAACAAAAAAAAUCAGUAAAUUUCUUAUUACAAAACCCUGUUUUUUGUGUAUUUUUUAUGAGAUGAGUUUUCAAGAUUGAGAUUAUUGUUCUAAAAAAGUGGUAGAGUACAUUUUAUCGCUAGAUGUUAAGAAAAUUACUAAACAUGGAAGGAUUUUUUGCCUUUAAAGUAGGUUCUUGCAGUAGGUGUGAUAUAUUUAUAUAAUUUGAAAUAUAAUACAGAAAAGUAUACAUAUUUUAUUAUAAUGAUCUUAAAUGUUUUAUCAAAUAAAAAGAAAGGUUGACAAGAAUUGUAAAUAUGGAUGUAGAUGUAUAAUAGGAUUAUAAUAGGAUCAUAACUAUAAAUAUCACAGAAUAGAAAAUAAUUAUAUUUAUGUAUGCAUGUAGUUUACUAAUAGUUAAGAAAAUUUAUCCACUAGCAUAAUUAUGUUUGUAAUCUGUACACAAUCAUUAUUCUAAUGACAUCUAUACAUAUUAAAUGUACCAAAGCAUAUUUCACUGAAAGCUAAUCAUUUUGGUAAUUAAAUGUAAGAACAGCAUAUGAAUACAUUCACUCUAGAUAUAUUUAUAAAAUCAAAUAAUACUCAAAUAUAAAUCAUUUUUAGUAUCGAUACAACGAAAAAUAUUAAGAAUUUAAAAGUGUGUGUACAUGAUUGCAACAUGCGUUGAAACAAAGAAAAUAUAUAAGUUACAAUAUAUCUGAUUUUAAUUUA